AUGGAUCCCUGCGAGUGCUCCAAGACUGGAACCUGCAACUGCGGUACAUCCUGCAAAUGCUCAAACUGCCAGUGUGCAUGCUGCAAGAAAAGCUGCUGCUCUUGCUGCCCUUCUGGCUGCAGUAAGUGUGCGUCUGGAUGCGUGUGCAAGGGUGAUACCUGCGAUUCCAAGUGCUGCCAGUGAAGACUCCAACGUUACCUCCAUGUUACUUCGUCUUUUGUAUAGCUUGUAGCAUGUAGGUUUCUCCUUAUGUGGACAUUCCAAUGAAUAGUAUCAGUAGUACAUGUCCUUGGUAGUGACCUUUUUUGUCAAACUUGUUGCUUUUGUCUCUAAUGACUUUUCUCAUGUCAUCUCCUUUUUGUAUAAGGCCUUCUCUUCCUUUGAAGAGGAGGUGCUUUGGCAAAUAGGGUUUUUGACACUUGUGGACUAACCAUACAUGUAACUGUCAUAACUUCAUGUAUAAUAAAUGAUGACUUGAAUCAA